AUAAGUACUUGUACCACAUAAGUCCAAGUUUGAGCAGGGCAGCCGCUAGCAGUUCAGAGAAAAUGGAGAAAUGAUAUGGAAGCAUGAAAUUGAUUCAGCAAUCUUAUGGCGUUGCUUGCUGCUGCCAGGAGACUCCAAUCCCACAGAUUGCGUCCACUGAUGAAAUGCUUCUCUCAGUUUUCACCUUCUCCCCCUCACCAAGUCAUUCCUUCUCUACUUUCUUUCCCUCGAGCAUUUCAUCAAACACCUCGCAGACCGUGUAAACAUACUCCUCAUUUCGGCGGUUUCCCCGGCGCUUGCGGCCAAAGCUUUUACCACUUGAUCAACUUUGCGGAAUAUGUAGACGACUCUGAUGGAGAUAUCCAAUUGGGCCUGCGUGAAAUUCUUGAAAGAGUUGAAACGGCUAAGGACUUUGCUUCUGGUGAUGAAGCUAUAGCUUUUCUUGAUAGUUCUGGUGUCAAACCCGAUAAAGAUUUUAUCUUUUCGGUUAUUUGGGCUUUGAGGGAAGAGUGGAAGUUGGCAUUUUUAGUGUUCAAAUGGGGUGAGAGAUGGAAUUGUGUUGUUGAAAAGACUUGGUGUUUGAUGUUAUGGUUGUUGGGUAACCAUAAGAAGUUCAGUACUGCUUGGACUCUCAUUCAUGAGCUUCAUCAUGCUUCAAAGGACACUCAACGAGCAAUGCUGAUCAUGAUUGACAGGUAUGCCGCUGCAAAUUACACAGACAAGGCUAUAGAAACAUUCAACUUGAUACAGAAGUUUAAAUUCUCUCCUGAACAAAAAACAUACUUCAUGUUCUUGGAUAUUCUUUGUAAACAUGGAAACAUAGAAGAAGCAGAAGAUUUUAUGUUUCGAAAUAAGAAGUUCUUCCCUUUGGGAACAGAGAGCUUUAACAUAAUUCUAAAUGGCUGGUGUAACAUAGAGAUUGACAUAUAUGAAGCUAAGAGGGUUUGGAGGGAAAUGUCCAAGUGCUGCAUUGAGCCAGAUGAGACAUCCUAUACGCACAUGAUUUCCUGCUAUUCAAGUGUAGGUAAUCUAUUUGAUUCACUGAGAUUGUAUGAUGAGAUGAAGAAAAGGGGUUGGGUCCCAGGAGUGGAGGUGUAUCAUUCAUUGAUUUACAUACUAACUCAUGAAAGUUGCCUGAAUGAAGCUCUUAAAAUUGUAGAUAGGAUGAAGCAAACAGGUCCGAAACCAAACUCCACCACGUAUAACCUUAUUAUACGUCCUCUUUGCGAGACUGAAAAGUUUGAAGAGGCAAGAACUAUUUUAGCCAGGAUGAUCGGCGAAGACAUUAACCCAACUAUUGAUACCUAUCAUGCAUUGGUAAAGGGUGAAAGUUUAGAAGGAACAUUGGGACUGCUCAAUCACAUGGAAAAAGCUGGUUUCGGUCCAAACAGGGAUACCUUUCUUCUUAUUCUCGAGAAGUUGUUCAAAUUGGGUCAGCCUGAAAAUGCAUUAAAAAUAUGGUCAGAGAUGAAUCACUAUGCGGUAAAGCCAGAUCAUAUGCAUUACAAUAUUUUGGUGAAAGGAUUGGCUACAUGUGGGUUGAUUGCCAAAGCUAGAGAAUUCUACUCUGAGAUGAUAUCUGCUGGACUAGUAGAUGAUCCGUUGCUGAAGAAGCUCUUGGAAGAACCUGAUCAACAGGGGUUUCAUCCAAGAAAAGGAAAAGGACAGAUGACAAUCUUGCGGCGCGUAAAGAAAGGUAAAGGGUUACGGUAUGGGAAAAGUAGAGUGGUACGAGUUAGAAAACAUCAUAAACAAUGAGAAAAGAAGAGAGAAAGCCGAACUUCAUAUAUUUGGCCUCAACUUUGAAGCCAGAAUCAAUCAGCUUUGGCAAGCUUAUGAUAUGUUGAUUCCAAUAGAAUAUCCAGAUCACUCAAGCACGGUAAGAACAGAGACCAAUUGCCCAUUUUGAACAGAGGAAGCAACCAUGCUGCCCCUCACCUCAGCCAUCUUCAGACCAUGAACGAAGUAUGUGACGUUCAGGGUGCUCUCGAGGAGCUGAAAGAUGGAUGAUUACAUUGGGAUGCGUGAGAUGGACGAGGUACUUAACAUUUCGACCUAAACAUCAUUUCCCUUGAUCUGCACAACAUAGACACUUUAAAAGCCGCACUUAGAGCCCAAAGUGUCUUAAUCAUCUUGAGAUUGAAGUCCAUUUCAAAGUAAUAUGGUGGAUUAUGGACUGAAAGAGCAGUUUAGAUCAUAUCCCAUCUUUCCUAUGGUGUUGCACUGUUGUUGAUACCACUGAACUGCUUAAAUGCUGCAUAAUAGACAACAAAAUCAUUGACACAGAGUUGCUCUUUUGGUAAGAAGUUCCGGAGCAAAUGGUAGGUUGUCUGGGGAUCUACAGUAGCAUGGAGUAAUUCAUAGCUAUUAAAUAAAGCAUUUGUUCUUUAUUUUCUUUGUUUUUCAAUUUAAUUUGUCCUUUCCAUGUCAAGGUGCAGCGUUUUUUAUUACCUUAUAGCAGAGAAAUUAAAAUAAACCAUUUUUCUUCGCAAUGCAAGAAU